CGCAUGUUGAUUUAAGAGCAUCACUCAGGUUGAUUCAGUCAGUAAAGGUCUCUCACUUUCACUCUUAAAACACGUCUUGUCAGUCCAGCAUGAUGGGGUCAAACACAGCAGUUUUGAUCUACUGGCUUCUGGGUUUUUGUGUUUUGGUGUUUGCUGAUGUUUGGAAGGUGCAAGUAGAGUCUGAAGUGAAGGCUUUGGUUCGAUCUUGUGUUGUGUUGCCGUGUUCAUUCAAAUACCCGGGAGCUGUACAGCCGUCUUCUCGUCAGAGUGGUAUUUGGCACAAUGAGAACGAUGGGAAAUACUUAAUCUAUCAUGAGGAUAAAAAAGAGAUUGCAGACAAUUUCAAAGAGCGCACAAAAUUGGUUGGUCGGCUGGGUGAUUUAAACUGCUCUUUGGAGAUCGAUGAUGUCAGAAACCACGAUAACGGCCCGUUUUGUUUUAGAGUUGAAUUGGACACAUCUGUUACAGACAAAUUUUCCUUUGUGAAAAACUGUGUAACACUUAAAAUGAUCGAGGAAGCCGCACCACCAGAGCUGCAUUCAGAGCAGUCUGUUCAGGAGGGUCAACCUGCGGUCUUCAAAUGCUCUGUUAGACACACCUGCACAUCCCAUCAGCCCUCUCUCACCUGGAGCCACCGUGGAUAUUAGAUGGUGACCUAUAAGGAUAUUGGUCAUGGGAACUGGGAAGUGGAGUCGAUUCUGAUCUUCACACCAACCGCUGCGGACGAUCACACCGAUAUUACAUGCACAGUCCAAUACCAUGGUCUGAGCAAGGGAUAUGAAGCUAGACGUCCCGUCUUUGUGAAAGAACAAGCAACUUUCAACCACAUCCUGAUUCCAUCCAUCUGUGCGCUUGGAGCUGCUCUUCUCGUUGGAGGAGUGUGUUUCUUCCUGGUCAAGAGAUACAAGGAGCGCAUUGAAGAUCUCCAGUCCAGAAAUGACAAUGGCAUGUUGAGUCGUCUAUCAAGAAUGUCUCGGAGAUUCCGUUCGGGUGGAAACGACAGCGGGUCAGAUGGAAGACAUCAGAGGAGGUCUAUUUGGGGUAGAUUUUCAAGGAGAGGCCAUGGGGAUCAAACUGACAGGAAUUUGGACAACAGGUCCAACAAAACAGGAAACAAACCUCGAAUGCCAUCACCAAAGAGUCAGCCCAAAUCCAUUUCUGGUUAUGAUUAUGACGAUGACUACACCAACACGGCAGAUCUCAACAUAUACGGAAAUGCUUGAUGAAAAUAUCACUUUGCAAACAUUGCAUGUGCUCCAUACUCUUUUGACCCUUUCAUCCAUGAAUUUAUGACAACCUCAUUCAAA